AUAAAGAGUGCAAUGGUUUAUAGGCCUCUUGUUUUCUGAAAAAAAUAGUUUACAAGGAAAACCAUAUAAUAUUUCCUUAAGAUUAAUAGAAGCCAUCAACAUAAAAAAAGGGUCUAUUCAAGAACAUAUUCUUCAUGGGAAGAGUGGAUCAUCAACCACUAUAAAAGAGAGCAUUGCUACAAAGCCUCAAUCCAAACCAAAAUAUACAUUCAACAAUAAUAGAAAGGAAAAAAGGAAAAAAAAAAGAAGGUUAAGUUAAGCCAAGCUCACCACAUUUGUGUACAACAUGGGAGCUGGUGUUUCCACUGGUUAUGAGACUUCACCUGCAAGAACUUACGGAACAACGACGAGGAGAGGCCAGGUGGUCGCGUUUCACUCGUCGAAAACCUGGAAAAUCCACUUUGAAGCCUCAAAGCUGACCCCAAAACUGCUCGUCAUCGACUUCACAGCAGCGUGGUGCGGGCCCUGCCAGUAUAUUCAACCUGCAGUGAAUGAAUUUGCAGAGAUAUACACAGAUGUGGACUUCAUCAAGAUUGAUGUUGAUGAGUUGGAUGAUGUGGCACAAGAAUUCGGGGUUCAGACAAUGCCGACUUUCAUACUGAUGAAGAGAGGGCGUGAAGUGGAUAAGGUCGUCGGAGCCAAGAAGGAUGACCUGAGGAGGAAGAUUGACAAGCAUAGACUCUAAACACACAAACAAUUUAAGCACUAGAGAGCGUUCAAGAACUCGAGCAUGAUAUGCUCGUCUGCAGGCCGUCUGGUCUGAACACUGUCGUUUAUCAGUCAAGACGUGAGCAGUUCAAUCCAUUCAUAUUUGGGGUUAUGAAUUCAUAUGUUUCUAGUGAUGUGUUUAAUGGGGCAAAAA